CGUUCCCGAUGGAAAUUCCUGCCACCAGCCGUAAACCAUGGAAGAAAAAUUUGUACGAAAACGCCGAAUACGAGGACAACUAUACCGAUCCGUCCUUCCUGAAGGAUAUGCGAACGAACGUGAACCUGCAAAUGUACACCGCAAAGGAAGCCUUCAUCGGUGCUACCCGCCUCAGCCAGCAAAUCUCGGUCGUGACUGCAUUUCUGAUCGUAUUUCAUCAUCUCUACCUGGAACGGAUCGGAGCGAAGGUGCUAUUUGGCCAGUCGGCAAUUGGCACCAUCCUGGGCUACUUCAUCUACGCUGGCCGUGACAUACAGCUGGCAAAGUUUGUGGAAGAUUCGAAGACUGCGUUCGCGGUGCUCGUGUUUGGCUUCAUCUUUUCGCCCCUGCUUCACACGCUCACCAACAGCAUCAGCACGGACACAAUCUUUUCCAUGACUUUCUUCGUGCUGGUGUUACAUUUAAUUUUCUUCGAUUACGGCGUAUCGGCGGCAUUUGUGUCUAGGGCAAUAUCGCUAAACGCAGCCAUCUUCGGGUCGAUAUGUUUGGCGUCACGCUUAUCCUCCUCCCUGCACGCGUUCGUACUGCUGGAGGUGGCGGCCGUAUUCUUUGCCCUGGGACCCUUCCUUGUGCGUAAGCUGUACAGCGUGCAAUUGCUAGUGCUUUCCAUCGUGGUGUGUUGCUACUUUCUACAAUCAAUCUCGCACAUCAUUCUGUACACGUACAUUUGCACGCUAGCGUUUGUGAAUCUGUUCUGCCCGUGGCUGUUCGUGCGGUUGCAAAAGUAUAAGAACAACAUAAAUGGUCCAUGGGACGAAGCAGUUGUUGUAGAGGAAUCGGCAUCCUAG